CCACUCCAAGAGUCAAGUACAACCAGAUUCCACAUGGCACUUCCGACUCACCGUUACCUUCUCACAUAUGGCAAGUCCUCCUAGGACCAACAACCUCUUCCUUCGCAAAUGCCUUGUCUCUCUUAUUCUUUGCUUCUCCAAAAUUCUAUGAAAAGAACUUUUCUCCUUUCUCCUUCUCUCCACCGCUUUCUCUCUCACAAAACCAAGUUACUAUCAUCAACCUCUACAGGGUAUCCUUGUGCAGUUUGUACUCGCUUUCCUUCACUUUCUUUGCCUUUCUCAACUAUAUUCCCUCGACGCUUACACUCCCUCAAGGUCCUGGCCAUGGCUGAAAGACCCUCAAGUUCGUCAACAUCAUCGCAUUCUCACAAGUUUACCAAUCGUCUAGCUGCUGAGCACAGUCCUUAUCUUCUUCAACAUGCCCAUAACCCAGUAGAUUGGUAUCCAUGGGGUGAAGAAGCUUUUGCUGAAGCACGAAAGAGAGACGUGCCCAUCUUCUUGUCAAUUGGAUACAGCACCUGCCACUGGUGUCAUGUUAUGGAAGUGGAAUCUUUCGAGGAUGAAGGGGUUGCCAAGUUGUUGAAUGAUUUGUUUGUCAGUAUUAAGGUGGAUCGAGAAGAGCGACCUGAUGUUGAUAAGGUAUACAUGACUUAUGUGCAGGCUUUGUACGGCGGUGGAGGUUGGCCACUUAGUGUCUUUCUUUCACCUGAUUUGAAGCCAUUAAUGGGCGGAACUUACUUUCCACCAGAUGACAAGUAUGGGAGACCAGGAUUUAGGACUAUACUUAGAAAGGUGAAGGAUGCUUGGGAUAAUAAGAGGGAUAUGCUUGUUAAGAGUGGAGCCUUUGCUAUUGAGCAGUUAUCGGAGGCAUUAUCAGCAACUGCAAGUCCUACUAAACUGCCAGAUGAACUUCCACAAAAUGCACUGCGUCUGUGUGCAGAGCAACUUUCUGGAAGCUAUGAUUCAGAGUAUGGGGGCUUUGGUUCUGCCCCAAAGUUUCCUAGACCAGUCGAGAUUCAGCUGAUGCUUUAUUGGUCCAAAAAAUUGGAGGAUACUGGAAAGUUGCAAGAAGCAAAUGAAGCUUUGAAAAAAGUCUUCUUUAGCUUGCAAUGCAUGGCAAGGGGGGGCAUCCAUGAUCAUGUUGGAGGUGGCUUUCAUAGAUAUAGUGUGGACGAGUGCUGGCAUGUUCCCCACUUUGAGAAAAUGCUGUAUGAUCAAGGCCAGCUUGCUAAUGUUAAUUUAGAUGCUUUUUCCAUCACCAAAGAUGUCUUCUUUUCAUGUGUAUCUCGGGAUAUUUUUGAUUAUUUGAGGAGAGAGAUGAUCGGACAAGAAGGUGAAAUAUUUUCAGCAGAGGAUGCUGACAGUGCUGAGUAUGAAGGUGCUUCAAGAAAAAAGGAGGGAGCCUUCUAUGUAUGGACCAGCAAAGAGGUUGAUGACAUACUUGGAGAGCAUGCAACUCUUUUCAAGAACCAUUUCUAUAUAAAGCCUGUGGGUAACUGUGACCUUUCUAGAAUGAGUGACCCUCACCAUGAAUUCAAGGGUAAAAAUGUGCUCAUUGAGAGACAUAGCCCUGCUGAAAUGGCAUCAAAACUUGGCAUGCCUGUUGAACGGUAUCUUGAUAUUCUGGGUGAGUGUAGGCGAAAGCUCUUUGAAGUAAGAUCAAGUCGACCCAGACCGCAUUUGGAUGAUAAGGUAAUUGUAUCAUGGAAUGGUCUGGUAAUAUCAUCCUUUGCAAGGGCUUCUAAAAUUCUGAAGGGGGAAAAUGAGGGGACCAAAUUCAACUUUCCUGUUGUUGGCUGUGAUCCUCAGGAGUACAUGGAAGUUGCUGAGAAGGCAGCAUCUUUUAUCCAGAAGCAACUUUAUAAUGAGCAAACACGCAGGCUACAGCACAGCUUUAGGAAUGGCCCAUCUAAAGCACCUGGAUUUUUAGAUGAUUAUGCUUUUUUAAUUUCUAGUUUACUGGAUCUUUACGAGUUUGGUGGGGGAAUGAAGUGGCUACUCUGGGCAAUGGAACUGCAGGACACCCAGGAUGAAUUAUUUCUUGACAGGGAAGGAGGAGGCUAUUUCAAUACUGCAGGGGAAGACCCUUCAGUUCUUCUCCGUGUAAAGGAAGAUCAUGAUGGGGCUGAGCCCUCUGGGAACUCGGUUUCUGCAAUUAAUCUCGCAAGACUGGCCUCCUUGGUUGGAGGCAGUAAGUCUGAUCGUUACAGGCAGAAUGCAGAGCAUCUUCUGGCAGUUUUUGAGACAAGACUGAAAGAUACGGCCAUGGCAGUGCCUCUGAUGUGUUGUGCAGCAGACAUGGUCACUCUUCCCUCGAAGAAGCAAGUUGUCUUGGUUGGGCAUAGGCCUUCUGUGGAGUUCGAAAACAUGCUUGUUGCAGCUCAUGCAUCAUAUGAUCCAAAUAAAACAGUUAUUCACAUAGACCCGUCCAACAAAGAAGAGAUGGACUUUUGGGAAGGAAAUAAUAGCAAUAUAGCCAUCACGGCAAAGAAUAAUUUUGUUGCAGAUAAAGUGGUUGCUCUCGUAUGCCAAAACUUUACUUGCAAAGCCCCUGUGACAGACCCAGAGUCUCUGAAGGUUUUGCUCUCCGUGAAAUCCUCUUCUGCAUAAAUUGCCAUUUGCUAGUAAGUUCAAUUACAAUAUAAUACCAUGUAGUGACGUAUAUAAAAUUUAGAAUCACAAUGAUAGUUCAAGAUGAUGGUGUAUUUUAAAUUUAAUUCAUCAUUUUGUAUGUAAUUCAGAAAAGAUAGAUGGAUCAGAUUCAUAGCUAUCUGUUGGUAGGGAUGGGUGGGAUCACGUAUCUUGCAUUUGUUUGCAAUUGGUGGUCGGAAUAAAUGUAUCAAAUGUAACUUCUUGUUACACUAUCUUUUCUGCAACACUUUUCUGCAACACUUCUAAUGUAAGCAAAACAAUCAUAUUUCUGAAGGAAAUUUUCAAAGUUGUUACUAAUUUUA